GUCUUGGGUCUUGGACAUUUGCGGUUCGAAGUGUAUGCUUUCGCCAUGAAGAAGAUUGCAUGGCUUCCUGCAGGUCUUCGAGGAAACCUGCAAUGGACACAAUGCCCUCGAGCGAUUAUUUCCAACACCUUUCCACGAGGGCCAGGGUUCCAAGCUCCUAAAAAUCAAUUUUCGACGUCGAAUCACCUGCAAGCCAGCAUCGCAGCUCCUGAAGUACGAUUUAAGAACCAAGGCUCAGAGGGGGAUGAAUUGGAAGGGGGGGCCGUCUUCAAUGCUCGACUUGUGCCCAACUCAGCUUCAUAUUUCACAGCACAACCAAUCUUUACUGACGAUCUUCUCAAACUACAAAACAUCCUCAAACGAUACGCAAAUCUACCUGUUCUGAAACCAGGCGAUGCACCUCGAGUGGCAUGGAGGUCAUUGGCAGAUUACAGGAAUCUGGUGGGCGAGACAGUGAAAGCUGCCAAAUAUUCAAAGAUCGUCGAGGUUCUGCACAGGCUGAACCACAUCCACCCGUCUCUCAUGCCGCAAGAGGUCCAGGAAGCGUUGAAUGAGUAUAAGAGAGAUGUGAACCCUUAUCAGAACCAGGCGAAGCUGGGCCAUGUGAAUACUUUAGGCAAAGCUUUGGGGGUCGGCCGAAGGAAGUCGUCAAGUGCGAGAGCUUGGGUCGUUGAUGGAACUGGAGAAGUCUUGGUGAAUGGUAAAACACUCACAGAAGCGUUUGGGAGGAUUCAUGACCGAGAGAGCGCAAUUUGGGCAUUGAAGUGCACGAACAGGGUGGAUAAGUACAAUGUCUGGGCUCUAGUGUCGGGCGGUGGAACAACAGGUCAAGCAGAAGCCCUGACCCUAGCAGUUGGAAAGGCUCUUCUUGCCCAUGAGCCUGCAUUAAAGCCUGCUUUACGAAGAGCUGGAUGUAUGACGCGUGAUCCUAAGCGGGUUGAGAGAAAGAAGCCAGGCCAUGUCAAGGCAAGGAAAAUGCCAGCAUGGGUUAAGAGAUGAAUAGUGUAUUAUAUUGGAUUGACAAUGAGAUGUUGAACAACAAAUUUUCCAACCAUGUGACUGUUGGAAUACAUCCAUAAGUUAGAAUCCCUCAAGAUAAGGCGAGCGGUAAUGUUUGGAGACAAUCCGAGUAUUGGAGGUGGCGCACGACAGACGGACAUCCAAUAUCAAGAUGGAGACUCUUUUUCAGCUAUAUUUAUCUUGACUACUCUAUAUUUAGAUAGGCUCAAUGCUGUUCCCAGAU